AUGUUCUUCCUCUCUCGCUCCCUUGUGCUCUCGAUCGAUUCUCACAAUCUCAAUUCAAUUACUCGUCACUGUGGACCAGAGUCAAUUCGCUUCUCCGGCUCCUCCCGCCGCUCCUUUGUCUCAGGUAUUUCUCUUCUGAAUCGCUCACGACGGAUUCUAGCCGUCGCCACCGAUCCCAAGCCUACGCAGACUGGUCCACCCAAUUCCACCACCAGAGUUCAGAGACUGAAGAAGAAGUUCCAUUUCCAUUUCCAAGAUUAUGUCGACUUGAUUUUCUGGAAGGUUCAGUUUUUGGAUCGACAUCAUCUGCUAAUCAAAUUUGGCAGUGUAGAUGGUGGGGUUGAAGGGAGGUAG